AUGUCAUUUGAGAUUCUUGUUGGUACGAACGGGGUACCAGGGAUCUGUACAUUGCUGGGCGGAUUCGUGUUAUUCUUUGGCUUUGUCUCGCUAAUCAUCAAAGAGUGGCUUUAUCUCUCAGAGAGUCUGCUAGCUACUCUUAUCGGAGUCCUGUUUGGUCCCUAUGCUAUCAACCUCAUGGACCUGGGCGCAUUGGGCGUCGAUGUGUCGAAUAUCACAUUCCAGUUCGCUCAGAUCGUUAUUGCCAUCCAGAUCAUCAAUGCUAGUAUAACACUUCCCAACUUCUUCUGGAAGACAAAUUGGAAGGCAUUGUUUAUAUUGUAUGUGCCAGUCAUGAUCUACAUGUGGUUGAGCACUGCAUUGCUGGUUUGGCUGAUACUUGGACUGGAAGUCUGGGACUGUAUGAUUGUGGCUGCGUGUCUCGCUCCUACUGAUCCGGUAUUGGCCAACAGUAUAAUCAAUGGUAAAUUUGCAGACAUGCAUGUUCCUAUUGCUAUCAGGUGGCUACUGUCUGGUGAAAGUGCUGGUAAUGACGGUGCUGGUCUCCCAUUUUUUGCUCUCGGAGUUCAAUUCCUGCGGCAUGGCACGACUUCCGAAGCUCUAAAAUAUUGGUUUCUACAGACUAUAUUGUACGAAAUUGGGUGUGGUAUUGUGCUAGGAGCUGUAAUAGGAUACACAGCGAACAUGCUGCUCAAAAUAUCGGAAGGAAGAGGGUGGAUUGAUAAGAGAUCUUUUCUGAGCUUUGAAAUUGCACUGGCGCUCUUUACUGUUGGAUUAGCAACGAUUCUAGAUGUUGCAUCAUUCCUUGCUGUCUUUGCCACUGGUCUAGUAUUCGCUUGGGAUGGAAGGUUUACUGAAGAAACUGCCGAAGCUCAUGUACAAGAAGUCAUUGAUUCUCUUGUCAAUUUGACCUUCUUUGUGUAUUAUGGAUCAAUUAUACCGUGGACUGAGUUUAACACGGCACUUGUACCUAUUGGGAAGCUUGUUGGGUUUUCUAUUGCUGUCCUGAUAAUACGAAGAAUGCCCAUAAUCACUGCCCUACACCGAUGGUUACCGCCGCUAAUGACUAUCAAAGAGGUCGGCUUUUAUGGAUGGUUUGGGCCAAUCGGAGUAGGAGCUCUUUGGUACGCUGCACUCUUUCGGAGUGAGUUUCCAGAAAAAGCUUACAUCGUCGCCAUUGUCGACUUUGUGGUACUUUCCUCCGUUGUUGCUCAUGGAAUGACCCUACCUCUCUUCCAAAUGACUGUAAUGACUCUCUCGACGAUUUCAGCACGACGAGAUAUUCGAGCACCAUCAUGGCCAAUGGGAAUACCCAUAACAACGGAUAUCAUAUCCUCACCGAUAUCACGACCUGACUUGCCCAGAAACCCGGCCGACGAGAAACACCUUGGUGCAAACGGUGAUGCACCUUUUAUCGUUGGCAGUGCCGAUACAGUAAAUAAUGAAUUUGCAAGAGACAGUGCCAGCCCAACUGGGUCUGCGAUAAUACCUAUAGAAGAGGAUGAUAUAGGUGGUGUACCAAUGGAGCAUUCCAACACACAGCACAGCGUAGCUUUUGGCAUACCGCUGACAACCGUGGGACGAACGACUUCGAAUGCUUCCGCUACAGGAUCUGGUAUAUUAAAGAACGUGAACUGGAUUGGUCCGAUAGCGGGUGAUGGAGGGGACGAAUCGUUGCAAAUCAAUACUAUUAUGAAUCGCUCAUCAUACGAGAAUGCAAUGGAUAUGCCUCCAGGUGGGUUUGGAAUCCCAUUAUCAAGAUUUGAUAAUACAGGAAUGUCUAGCGGCGGGUUUGCCAACUUGUUUGGUCGACGAACUAGAAUUACUGGGUUUGGUGGUAGUAGUAGUAACAGUAGUGCUAAUUCGGACAGACAGACAUCUCCGAGACGGCGUCCAAAUCGGCAGUCUGAGGAUGAUGGUGAUGUAGCAGUGGAUAGGAUUGAAGAAGAACGAGGUUCUUCAGAUGAAAAUGGGUCGCCGGAACGCCAAGGACGAUGGAGUUUGAGGACGUUGAGAAAGUAA